CUAAACAGCUGAUAAAAUAUUUUAACUGAUAGAGAGACGAUUAGACGACGACUUGAACGACAUAGAAGGUACCUACUCCCUUUAUGAUUUUUUAAAAUCUUUUUUGAAUCGUUUCCAUGCAAAAACAAAGUUUAACAAAAAAAUUAAUUGAAAAAUUUAAAAAGCGUAAAUCAAAAAAACCAAACAUGACACCCGAUUUAAGUACUCUGGCCGAACGUAACGAAUGGAAGAUUCUCUACUGGAUGAUGGCUACAAUCUGUAUGCCAAUUGCAUUGCCAUUGAUUGUUUUCAAUUUAAUGAAACGCGCUAGAGAGAACAAAUACAGAAAUUGCUUACCAGGAAAGGUUGUGGUAAUAACAGGGGCUAGUUCUGGGCUAGGUGAAGCUCUAGCUCAUGUCUUCUAUCGUGCCGGGUGCAAGGUGGUUCUUGCAGCUCGUCGGCAAGAUGAAUUGGAGAGAGUCCGGAAGGCGUUACUCAAUUCCGAAUCCAAUGAUGUCACUUAUCCACCAGUCGUGAUGCCAUUAGACUUAUCCGAACUAAACACUUUGCAAGGUGUUGUUGAUAAAAUUCUUAAAAUUCAUAGCAAAAUUGAUAUUUUGAUUAACAAUGGCGGGAUCAGCGUUAGGUCGGAUGUCAUGAGUUCAGCCAUCGAUGUCGAUGUUAAGGUUAUGCUGGUUAAUUAUUUUGGAGCUGUAGCACUGACCAAAGCCGUGCUUCCGUCUAUGGUCAAACGGAAAGAGGGCCACAUUGUGUUUGUGAGUAGUGUGCAGGGUAAAUUCGCACUUCCCUAUCGUUCAUCGUAUUCCGCGUCGAAACAUGCUUUGCAAGCAUUUUCUGAUUCUUUGCGAGCUGAAGUCGCUCACAAAGGCCUGCAAGUGACAACUGUUAGUCCCGGUUAUAUUCGAACAAAGUUAUCAAUGAAUGCGCUAACUGGAACUGGACAAUCAUAUGGAAAAAUGGAUGAUACCACUGCGACUGGUACUUGUCCUGAUAAAAUGGCUAAAGAUAUUCUUGUAGCAUUACUUCGGGAAGAAAAAGAUGUUAUCUUAUCACAAAUUCCUGGCAUACUUGCUUAUUAUGUGAGAGUUUUGUGUCCGCCAGUAUAUUUUUGGAUAAUGGAAAAAAGAGGACGUAAAUUGGAAGCAGCCAAUAAAUCGAACUGAAUAAAAUGCAAUUAGUGCAUUGAUGAAAUGAUUUUUAGUUUUAAGUAAGUUUAUUGAUGUUUUCUUGGAGUAUGUUGAAUAAACAAAAAAAAUAAAAAAUAAGUUAAAUUACUUUGUAUGUGAAUUUGAA